GAUUCUAUCCGAGCAAGUCAGUUCCUGUUUGAACGAUUUGAUAAUGAUUUUUCCAAGAUUUGUUUCUUGUGUGAAAAGAAAGUAUAGGCCGCUCUGUACUUUGGAUAGCAAAUACAUAAAGUUAAUUUGGGUACAGCAGACUGAUCACGAUGGCAGAUAAUCAUGGAAAUGACAUUGAAAAUGAAGAUCAGAAUGAAAAUGAACCGCCAGUAAAAGUAGAUGAUGUUGAUGUUUAUGCUGAUGAGAAAAACAGAAGAAUUAGCAACGAAGUCACUGAUUACACGAAUGAAGCAAAUAAACUUCGUUUACUAUUGAGGCUUAACUUCUAUUCAGCAUUCAAAUUAAAAGGAAACACAUGGAACCUCCAUCUUAUUUACUGUGUCGUCUUCUUGGUGCAAAUCAUAAAAGUAGCCCUACUUACAAACCAGAUGAUCUACUUUGGAAAUGACCGAGGAAACUUUAGUUCAGUUGUCAACAGAGGCGAUCUUGCCCUUCGACAUCUUCUUUUAGAAAAUUGGGAUGCCAGCUGGGAAACGUUACCAUAUCCUCCUGCACAAGGUGACUUUGCCGUGUAUACGAUUGCUGAUCUCGAAAGUAGUAUUAACUAUGCUGUUAAAAACUAUUAUAACGCAGAAAGAGAAGCAAUUGGGUACUAUGUUCGAACGGCAGACGAUAAAAUGACAGCAACAAUGAAAUAUUUUGACUUUCCCGGUUUUCAUGGUGCGAGUAUUAGAGAAGGAAUAAACAUGUCUGAAAUAACGUUUCCGAUUGACAAAGGACUCUCUUCAGAAGUAACGCACAAAAAUGAGACAGUGUACAGUUAUAAUAUCACCCGUGAAUUUGAUCAUUACAAUGUGUCACAACCAAUUAAAAGGAUGUUGUCAACAACACUUCGCUUUAAGCUUCAUUCCGUACGUUCACACGACAGCAGCAGGAAAGCAACAUGUCUACGAGUAGAGGGCUCGGUGGAAUUUGUUAAUCUGGACAAUAAUGGUCAAGUGUUAAUUGACCUUGAUACGAAAGCCAGUAGAAUAAAGUGUAAAAACAUGAAUCUACCUUUGUCAGACUGGCAACUAGAAAACACGUCAAAAGAGAUCGGGGCCUCAGUGAUUGUUCUUUGUAUUAUAUCAUUAUUAUCGACCACUGCCACUAUUGUUUUUGCUGCUUAUACUUUAUGGAGAACUAAGCAGUUUAUGAAGAAGCACUAUCAGGCAUACUUCAGGGUUGUAGAUAAGGAUGAGACGGACCUGCCAGCAUCAGAGUACUUCCGGUUUUUGAAAUUCUGGGAUAUAAUCGUUAUUAUCUCUGAUAUAUUGACUAUAUUCGGCACACGCUGGAUAGUGUCUAAAACAAGGCAAAGUGAAUUGGAGCUGGAAUUGCUAGAUUCCUACACCGUAUGGUUAGGAGUCGGUUGUGUACUAGCGUGGCUAAGCUUGCUUAGAUUCUUCAAGUUUCAUAAUAAAUUCCAUCUGCUAUUUAGUACACUAUACAAAGCAUUUUGGGAUGUGAUUGCAUAUCUUAUUUGUGUAGGUGUGUUGUUUGUCGGGUUCUGGGUUUGUGGGUACGUUGUUAUGGGACCGUACCAUGUCAAGUUCCAAACUCCGGAAGCAGCCGCAGAGACACUGUUUGCUGUUGUUAACGGCGACGAAAUAUACGCUACCUUAGCAAUAAUAGAGUGGGAUAAAAGCGGGGGACACUGGGUUUGGUGGUUUUCAAGAUUCUAUCUCGGAGCUUAUGUCGCAAUAUUUACUAUUGUUGUUAUCAACCUCCUCAUAGCUCUCUUCAUGAGUGCCUAUGAUUCUAUUAAGACAUACAAUAACGACAAACCGGAUGAACGAGAAUUGGGUCCGAUGGAGCAAGCUUUGUACAGAGUUCUAAUUCAAGACGGCGAUGAAAGUAAUCUGCGGAGCUCAAUAUAUGACCUUAUGAAUGACAGUACACCCCUGACACCAGAAUUAAACUCACUGAGAACUGAACUUUCAAAAAUCGUUUAUGUUUCUAAAAGCAAGAAAGACGUGGUCCUUCUAAAACCGAGGACUUUGAAAGUGUUUAUGGAAGAUGAGGAGCACAAAAUAAAGAUAUUUAAAUGCGGAUUUCUGAGCUGCUCCUUCAUUUCUUUCUUUUGUGAUCGGAAUAUAAAAGAUGAUGACCAGAAACACGAAUACGACUGUUAACAAGCAUACACAUACUCUAUGAUACGAUGACAGUGAUAUUGACUUUCAUCUAUAUUUAGUCAUUCCUUUCAUUAGUUAUUCUAAAAUUUAGUUAAAGACUUUUCAUCAUAGCCUAACAAAGGUGAUUACGAAACGGAACUCCGAAGCGAAAACAAAAGGAUACAAUUUGGAAGCGAUUUGGAAUCUAGUACUAUCACAAAUGCAUUUAAAUCCUUAAAUGGGACAAAGAUGACCUUUAAACAAAGACUGACACCACUAACUCCAAGCUUCAACAAAGAAAACAAAAACAAAAUUUAAAAAACACGGCAUCACUUGAAUUGACAGAAACGAAUGUUCAGAUGAAACUUGAACAAAAAUAAUAAAAAAAGAAACAUCGUUUUAACAAAAGAUGAAAGGUUUUUCAUCAGUAACAUAGAUAAUAAAAGACACAUUUGAAGAAAUGAAGGAACAGUUAUUUUGAUCAGUCAUCAAACGAUUAGAGAUCUUAGAAGAUGAACUUUAUAACUAAUCAGCCUUCACUCCGAGAUAAGCGCAAACAAACAUGUUAUAGAAACAAUAUUAGAAAAGUAAAAAGAAAAGACGAACAAUGAAUUAAAAACAUUAAAAUUAGAAAACGAAAAAUUGAAAGAAAGUGCAAAUAAUCUAGAACAAUACAGUCGAAGGAAUAACCUUCGUAUCAGGGGAUAAAAAGAAGAGUCUCCUCAACAGUUAGACGUUAAUACAAUUUCAGGAAAUGUGAAGUCGCUCUCAAUAAAGAAAUAGACAUUGCACAUAAAAUUGGUCAGUUAAAGACGGGCAGAAACUGUCCAAUAACCGUAAAAUUUGUAAGAAGGAAAACGAAAAUAAAUAUAAUUAAAAAUGCAAAGUCACUUAAAGGAACCGAAAUAUACUUAAAUGAAGUCCUUACACACACCAGUAAGCAAGCUAAUGGCAUAACGUUUUAAAGAUUCAAAAGGGAUUGAAAAAGCAUGCACUAACUUUCGCUUCCGUUGCCGGCUCGUGCGAUUUGAGGCAAUUCUUCUGGAAAAUCUACAGCGAAUGUUUGGAACUGAAACUUAAUUUUUACAUGUUAAAACAAACACAUAUUAUCAAUAUCAACAAAUGAAUUGAAGACUCUUAAAGUAAAACAACAUGAAAAUACAUGUAUAAUACAAGACAAAAGAAAUGUUUACAAAUAUAUUAUAAAAAUAUAGUAUUUGAGCAUUUAACUUUUUACACGUUCUAAUGGGUGUAAAGAUGUAAGAUUCAUCGUAUCACUACCGUUUUAAAAAUACUUAAAAGUUCAACACGCACUUUAACACAAAUAGUUUGUUUUUUUCAGAUACAUUUAACCUUGGUUAAAAUAUUUAUAAAAUUGAUUUUCAUUUUGCGAUGAAUAAGUAAAAUGACGCUGUUACCCGCAGUAUAUUUACUGACAAAGUUUUUGAUAAAACACAGUUUUUAAAGAACAUGGUAUUGACUGUAAUAUAUCAUUAAGAAUGGUAGAAUAUACCUACAUCAAUCAUUAAUAGCAUAAUAUUUGGUUGUUUUAUUUUUAUUUUGUUCAACAUUUUCUGACCCAGGAUGGUUUAUCAGUGUGGGGUAAUAAUUCGUUUAUACAAUAUAUUCCUUUGUUGCUAUUUCACUUCUCUUUUUCAUGUUUUUCGAUAGAAGAGAAAUAUAUUACAAGGGUAUACAAAUAGUUUGAAUGUCAAAUUGAAUGAAAUGUGUUUUGCUUACAGUUAAAUUUAUCACAUUUGUUAAUAUGAAUGUCAAAAUGAAUGUUAUAUAUUUUGCUUGCAGUUAUAUCUAUUAGAUUUGAUUUUAUGAAUGUGAAAACGAUUGUACAGUCAUAUUUUUGUUUGCAGUUAUACUUAUUAGAUUUGAUAGUUAUCAAUUUUACGUGCGGUUAGAUUAUUAGAUUUGAUUCUAUGAUUUGAUAUUAUGAAUGUCAAAAUGAAUGUUAUAUAUUUUGCGUGCAGUUUAAUAUAUUUGAUUUGAUAGUAUUAAUGUUAAAAUGAAUGUUAUAUAUUUGCUUGCAGUUAAAGUUAUUAGUUUUGAUAAUAUAAAAGUUUAUAUGAAUGUUAAAUAUUUUACUUGCAGUUUAAUCUAUUAGAUUUAAAUUUAUGACUUGAUAGUAUGAAUGUCAAAAUGAAUGUAAUAUAAUUUGCUUGCCGUUGAAUUUAUUAGGUUUGAUAGUAUGAAUGACAAAAUGAAUGCAAUAUAUUUUGUUUGCAGUUAAAUUUAUUAGAUUUGAUAGUAUUAAUGUAAAGGAAAAGAAAUAUAUGUUUGUGUCCCCACUGUAUGAAUGUAUGUAUGUAUGUAUGUAUGUAUGUAUGUAUGUAUGUAUGUAUGUAUGUAUGUAGUUUAUGCUUAAUGAGGGUCCAUCUGCCCUUUUAGGCACAAAAUGCAGCUUUCGCUGUCGAGUACAAACCCCGGACAUAUCACCAGUCAUGCCCUUAAAGAUUUAAUUUUGAAGCACAAAGAGGUGAUAAUUUACCUCCAUGCAAUUUCCACGAAGAAUUAGCCAAAGAUAUGAAUUUUGAGCUAAAAGUAGGUCACUCUACGGCGGUCAAUGAGAACCUAAAUGUAUAGUAACCUGAGACAAUAUGAAAGGCUAGCCCUGACAAGGGCUGUUGCUGCCAGCAAAAGGCCUGCCGUUCAAGCCGUCUAACCGUGAUAGGGGCUACGCACCAUAGCACACGAUCCUCGUCGACUCAGGGCCUACUUUGUAGGCCUCGGCUUUUGUCAGGACGCCGGCAUCUUACUUCAUGCAAGCUUAGUCAUGCCGCCUUUAACGUUACCACGAGCUGAAGAAAACAUGCGAACUUGCCGUCUUACACGUAGCAUUGGUUCUUCAAUCAUCUACCGAUGCCCUGUGUCUUCUCAACGACGUACACGUACCGAGGGGAAGAGAGAAGGUGCCUCCAUUAUAGGGGGCAUUUACAUCAAACUUUGUCCGUCCGUUCACUUUUGGGUCGCACAUAGCUCGAAAAUUAUUUGACCUAGAGUCAUGAAACUUAAAAAAAAUAUUGAUAAGCAUGUGUAGUUGUGCACCUGGGUGUUUGCAUGUGGAUACAUUCAGUAUUUGUAGAGUUACUGUCCUUGAUUAAGUAAAACUUUGCCAUUUUCAAUUUGUGUUGCACGUAGCUCAAAAAGUAUUUGUUGAUUGGUAUAUGCAGUUGUUCAUCUGGGGUUUUGAUUGUAGAUUUAUCCAGUAUCUGUCGAGUUAUUGCCCUUUACCUAGUAAAAUCAAUUCCAAAACUUUGUGUAAUGUGUACCUUGAGCGCUUGAGUUAGAAUCAGCCAACUUUGCAGGAAUGAUGAUCAACAUUGCUGUGAAGCUGUGCACCUGGGAUUGCAUGCAGAUUUUUAAUUUUGUUAGAGUUAUUGCCCUUGACUUAGUAUAAAUUAUAGAAUGUUGGUAGGCAUUGGUUGUUAUGUACAUAAGGGUUUGCUUGUGGAUUUAUUCAGUAUCUGUAGAGCUAUUGUCAUUAACUUAGUAAAAGAUUAUCAGUUUCCAACUUGUGCCACAUGCAGCCUAAAACAUUUGACAUAGAGUCAGUUGAUUGACAAAACAGUGGAAAGUGGAGUGCACAUCAACACAUUUCUAGUUUUUGCAAUGAGAUGUAUUAGAUUUGAUAGUAUGCAUGUCGAAAUGAAUGCAAUAUAUUUUGCUUGCAGUUAAAUCUCUUAGAUUUGAUAAAAUGAAUGUCAAAAUGAAUUAAUUAGUAUUUUGCUUGCGGUUAAUUAAAUAAAUUUGAUAUUAUGAAUAUAAUAGAUUUUGCUUGCAGUGAAUUUUAUUACAUAUUAUAGUAUUGAUUUCAAAAUAAAAUAGAUUGUUUUAAUUUCUGUCUCAACCUUUUA